AUGGGCUGCCACAUAGAAGAGUAUUCAGACUAUGUUUUCUGCUAUAUAGGAGAAACAAAGGGAUUGUAUGGAGUCGGAUUUUUAAUAAAAAAGGCAUGGAAAAACAAUAUAACUAACUUCACUGGCAUUUCGGAGAGAGUAGCGCUACUUCAAAUGAAUUUUGGCGGACUAGACAUUUCUAUAAUUCAGGCAUACGCACCCACGGAAAAAUCAGACGAUACAGAAAUACAAAAAUUCUACAAUGAUCUGAAAAAAGCUCACACACUAUCCAAUGAGAAAAUCAUAAUAUUAGGAGACUUCAAUGCAAAAAUAGGACAACCCAAAAAAGAAGAAAAAUUCGUCAUGGGACAGUACGGGCUAGGCCAAAGAAACGAAAGAGGCGAAAGACUGCUAGAAUAUGCAUUGGAAUAUAGACUAGCAAUAAUCAACACUUAUUUCAAAAAAAGACCAAGCAGAAGAUGGACUUGGAAGUCACCAGACGAAAAAGUUAAAAACGAAAUCGACUACAUCAUGACAAAUGUCCCAAAAAUAGUCCAAAAUUAUGAAGUUCUCAGCAACGUAAAGUUUCAAACAGACCAUAGACUACUUAGAGCAACAGUUAUAUUGAGUCAAGUGAAAAAAAAUAGAAAAAGCUUUAAACCACCACCAAAAAUCCCAAAAAAUGAAGAAGAAACAAGAUACUACAUAGACAGCCUCAAAUCGAACAUCGAUACCAAACUAGCAGAUACCAGAAACAUUCAAUCUUACUAUGAUGCGCUAGAAAAAGCUAUAACAAAAAGUUUAACUAGCAAAAACAAUACAAAAAAAGAAAAACGACACAAAAUAUUUAGCGAAGAAACACUAGCCUUAAUUAACAAACGCAGUGAAUUAACUCUAAGAAAGAAUAAAGAUGCUGAUACAAAGAAAGAACUAAGCAAAUUAUAUAAGGAAACUAGCAAAGCGAUUAAAAGAGACUAUAGUAAGCACAGGCAAAGAAUAAUAACAGAAAAUUUAAAUGAAUUCCGAAGCACAAAGAGAGCAUUUAAAGAAUUGAACUUAAGAAAAACUUGGAUACAAAAAUUAGAAGGCCAACAUAAAGAAAUUACAACAAGACAAGAAAUCGUACAGCAGGCAACUUCUUUCUACCAAGAAUUAUACAAAAACAAAAAUAAAACCAUCAAGGAAGCCAACGAUUCACACAACUGUUAUAACACGGAAACAAUUAGACCUAUAGAAGAAAAAGAUACAUACGCCCAGCUGAAGCAUCUAAAAUCAGAUAAAAGUCCUGGUCCCGACGCAAUAACCAAUGAAGCUCUGAAAAUAGGCGCACCAGUUUUACUUAAGCCUCUCACAGAAUUAUUCAAUCUCAUACUAGAAGCUGAAAUCAUACCAAUCCAAUGGUGCACGUCGGACAUCAUAUUACUAUAUAAAAAAGGAAACCCCCUCGAUAUCAACAACUAUAGACCAAUUAGCUUACUGGCAAAUAUAUACAAAAUCUUCUCAUCUAUAAUUCUUAAACGCAUAACACAAGAGAUUGAAAAGGCACAACCAAUAGAACAAGCUGGAUUUCGUUCUGGGUUUAGUACACUAGACCAUAUAAAGGCACUAGAACAAGUUAUAGAAAAAUACGAAGAGUUUAAUAAGCCACUCUAUCUAGGAAAAGACUGGCAAACGAUCGGCAAGGACAGAGAUCAGUGGAAAGGACUGGAGGAGGCCUUCACCCGAGGAGGGGUCCAUAUCCAAUAA